UAGCUGGUAUACGGAGGCGGGGCAGUAAACAGCCAAUUGGCGAGGGGAGUCCUGUGAUUGGCUGAGGCGGGGAGUUUGAAUGUUGCGGUUGAGCUGUGCGGUCAGGAGCAGGGAGAGUUGUCUGGCUGACGUUGCGGGAUCGCGGAUCCGGGAAGACGGUUUGUACCUUUGAAAACAUGGGAAUAACAGAUUCCAGAAUGCAGACUACUCCGUCACGUCCUCUGCGAAACCUCCAUCUGUCACACGUGACUGACCCCCGCUCUCCUACAGCAGGAAUCGCCAGGACGCCCAUUGAGGUUGGGAAUUCUUCACGGAGCAGUCCUUUAGCGGUAGAGGAGGACGUUGUAGAGCCCACAGCAUCAAGUGACCCACGGUCCCCUACACAAGGAAUUGUUCGCACUCCCCUGCGGCAGUCUUUACAUGCUUCCUUGAACCUUUUGGCCAAGCAGCUCAGUGAGGUGUUCGUAGCAGAGGAUUCUGGGAUAGAGGGAAGUCCUGCUGCUGAUGGCGAGGGUCCAGUUGCAAUUCAUGAAGACCAACCAGUGAGCGAAGCUGAUCACCCCUUUUAUGCUGCUGAUGACGAGGGUCCAGUUGCCAUUCAUGAAGACCAACCAGCGAGCGAAGCAGACCGCCCUCUUCCGGCUUCUGAUGUGACGGAGCCAGAAGCAACAGAGGAAAUAGUGGUUUUACCGACUGUACAACCUGUGGCCUCCGUAGAUCUGACGCCACCUGUUCUCCAACACCAGAAUCCAAGGGGGAAAUCUCCACGUCCAGCAGGUGCAAAGAAAGUUCGCCAGCGCCCAAGGAAGAACUUGCUCACAUCUGCUCCUGGUCGUUCUCCUCUAAAGAUCUUACAGGAGGACAACUCCCCCAGCAACACUCUGCACAGCAGACCGGUGAAGCUCUCCUUCCAGUCCGAGCAGCCGUCAUCUCUCGGGAACAUGAAGAUCUUGCAUAGCAGUUGGGAGAGGUCUCACAACAAGGAGAAUGAUCUGUACAACCAUAGUGAAAGCUGAGCGCUCGGUGUUCCCACAUAUAGAGGACGUGUAUAAACGUUAUAAUCUCACGGAGAUGUUGUCUUCUGCACACCUCCUGUAUACAUGCUGCUAUGUGCACGAUUCUCAUGCACUACUUGUGUAAAUAUCUCUGCUCCUGUUUGUUUGUGGAUUUCUAUGUUUUAGAAAUAAUAAACGUGAUUUUAUUA